AUGGGUGUCUCCUCGAUGAUUCCUUUUAUAACAACAUACUGGCCACACGGUCUGGCGUUAGUCGCUGGCUUUAUUAUUUUCCGAUUUAUGACAACAGUUUACUUUGAAAAACGUUCCAGUAAUGGUAGCCUCGUCAGGAGGGAUAUCGACGACGUAUACGAACCGAUGACGGAACACGAAAUGAACGAUACUUUUGGUUGCGAUGACUUCAGAGAGAAAGAGGGAACGAUGCACUUUGAGACAACACGAUACGACGAGAAAGACAUGAUUAUCCGUAGCAAAGGAUUCUAUCUCGACGUUGGUCGACGAAGAACUGUCAGAGAAUUUAGCGAUAAACCCGUCCCAAUUGAAGUAAUCGAAAAUAUCAUCAAGGCAGCAGGUCAGACUAAUUACUACCUUAUACUUACAUUCCCCUGA